AUGCUCCGGUACUCGUCGAACCUCCUUUUCGCCAGCCUCGUCUGCCUCGUCUGGCUCGUCUGCUUCGCCUCGGCCGCUCCCGCCGAAGGUCUCGAAAAAGAGACGCAGACCAAAUUAUCCACCAACUGGGCCGUCAACGGGUUUCCUGGCCCUUGGAGCCACCUCAGCCCAUGGCCGGCACCUGCUUUUCCCGCCGCCGAUUGGUCAGCCGCUUCAGUUAUGCCCAACUACUUCGUCGACCAACAGGCCAUUCGCUGGGGCACCGGCCGGUACCACGGACUGCCCUACGGCUACGGGCCGGUCAUGCUGAGGCAUUGA